UGGGCGGCGGGGGCGCGGCGCGGAGCCCUGGAGCGGUUCCACGCGCGGCAGCUGCGGGUGUCGCCGCAUGUGCUGGGGCACAGCAAGGCGCACGUGGGGCGGGUGGUGGCCGAGCUGGUGAGCGCCGCCAAGGCGCAGGGGCUGCAGCCCGGCCCGCUGGCCCUCAGCCUGCGCGGGGACUUCGUGCGCAUCGGCAGCGCCUACGAGCAGCACAAGGUGCGCAGCCCCGACUGCUUUGACAUCCUGGUGCCCCUGCGCCUGCCGCCGCACCUGGAGCCCCAGCCGCGCUCUGCCGACGGGCCGGGACCGUGCGGCGCCUUCCUCUGCGGCCUGCGGGCGAGGGACGGCUGGACACGGCGCUGCCGGCCCUUCGCCGAGGGCUUCUGCGUGGAGCUGCAGGGCCGCAGCCACCUCUCCUCCGGGCUGGUGCUGCGCUGGUUCCAGGGCCAUCUGCAGCGGUGCCUGGGCGCUGUGCGCUACCGGYUACAGGAGCGCUGCCGCGUCAGCCUCUCCAACUGCCCCGGGCAGCCGCCCACGCUGCACAUCGUGCCCUGCUCCGACUAUGUCUGCUGCCACAUCUCCAUGGCCGUGCGCCUCAUCCCGGCCAUCCCGCUCGGCGACGCGCUCUACCUCACAGCCCUGCCGCCCCAGGGCCCCCGAGCCUCCCCGGCCCCCGAGGCKCUGUGGGGCCUCAACGCCUCGCGUCAGGAGCAGCGGCUGCUGGGCUGGCUCAAGGAACAGGCUCCGGCCUCCUCUUGCCACCUCAAGUGCCUGCAGAUCCUCAAGGGCCUGCGGGACCUCCGCGGGCAGAGCCUGGAGGAGCCCUUGUGCUCGCAGUGGGGCUGGGUGCUCUCCUCCUACAUUCUGAARACAGCUCUCUUCUCCCUGUUGCUCCGGGGGCCCUUGGAGGCCUGGGAUGAGCGGUUCCUGGUGGAGCGGCUGGAGGACCUGGUGCUGUACCUGAGGGACUGUCUGCGCCAGCAGCURCUGAUGGAUUUCUUCCUGGGCAACACCAGCAUCCCCGAGGCCGUGGCGUCUCCCCGGUUCCUCAGGGAAGCGGCCCCCGUGAACUUGCUGUCCGCCUUUGACGGGCGAGUGCUGGAGCUGGUCGCCUUCCAGCUGCUCAGCACGUGGGUGCAGGCCCCGCACAUCAUCAGGAUGUCCAGCAGCGCCCGGUCCCUGCGCCUGCUGCCCGCCCCGGGCCGCGCCAUGGCUGAGGGCGAGCGGGAGCCGCCGGCACAGUGA